AUGGAAGAAUUGGGAAUAUCUACAAGUAAUGAAAAGUUAACAGAUUUAAAAGAAUCCUCAAGUAAUCAAAAAACAUUUGCAUCUCUUUUAGCACAAUUAAAUAAAUCUACAGGCAAUAAUCAAAAUAAUGGAACUUCAGAUAUUUACUUAAAGUUGAAAAGACUAGAAAAAGAAUUAGAAUUGAUCAUUUUACAAGAAGAGUAUAUUAAAGAUGAACAACGUCAUUUAAGACGAGAAUUAUUAAGAGCACAAGAGGAAGUUAAAAGGAUUCAAUCUGUUCCUUUAGUCAUAGGGCAAUUCUUAGAGCCAAUUGAUGAAAAUACAGGUAUUGUUUCAAGUACCACAGGUAUGAGUUAUGUGGUCAGAAUAUUAUCCACUUUAGAUCGUGAAUUAUUAAAGCCUUCAAUGUCAGUUGCUUUGCAUCGUCAUUCAAAUGCGCUAGUUGAUAUUUUACCGCCAGAUUCAGACUCCAGUAUAUCGAUUUUAGGCUCUGGCGAAAAACCAGACGUUACUUACGCUGACGUUGGUGGUUUAGACAUGCAAAAACAGGAAAUUAGAGAAGCAGUAGAAUUACCUUUAGUUCAAGCCGAUUUAUAUGAACAAAUUGGUAUUGAUCCUCCAAGUGGUGUUUUAUUAUAUGGUCCUCCAGGUACUGGUAAAACUAUGUUAGUUAAAGCUGUUGCAAAUAGUACAAAUGCAGCUUUUAUCAGAGUGAAUGGUUCUGAAUUUGUACAUAAAUAUUUGGGUGAAGGUCCAAGAAUGGUCCGUGAUGUCUUUAGGUUGGCAAGAGAAAAUGCACCAUCGAUUAUUUUCAUUGAUGAAGUUGAUUCUAUUGCUACAAAACGUUUUGAUGCCCAAACAGGUUCAGAUAGAGAAGUUCAACGUAUUUUAAUUGAAUUAUUAACUCAAAUGGAUGGUUUUGAUCAAUCUACAAAUGUUAAAGUCAUUAUGGCAACAAAUAGAGCAGAUACCUUAGAUCCUGCCUUAUUAAGGCCUGGUAGAUUAGAUAGAAAAAUCGAGUUUCCUUCUUUACGUGACAGGCGUGAACGUCGUUUGAUUUUUGGUACAAUUGCAGCCAAAAUGUCAUUAGCUCCAGAAGCAGAUUUAGAUUCUCUAAUUAUUAGAAACGAUUCCUUAUCUGGUGCUACUAUUGCUGCUAUCAUGCAAGAAGCAGGUUUGCGUGCAGUAAGGAAAAAUAGAUAUGUUAUCCUACAAAAUGAUUUAGAAGAGGCAUAUGCUUCCCAAGUCAAGUCAGAUAGCGAUGUUGAUAAAUUUGAAUUUUACAAAUAA